AAACAGGGUAGAGGGUCAUCAUUUUAAAAACAGAAAAUUGCACAUCGCAUCGCCACAAUAAAUUGUUUAAUAAGUACAAUAUAUUUCAAGAAUUUUAAAUCUUAAAACUUUAAGCAUAUUUAAGAUUUACACGAGCCAGAGUUUCAAUACAUAUUUAUUGUUUAAAGAAAAAUUAGGAUGAACUUAAAUGGAGUAUCGUUCUGUAUAAUAUCACUUUAUUCCGAAGUGCUUCAACUCCCACUCAUUCUCGUUGACACAUGAAAAUUUUCUAUAUGGGUGCCUGUCUAUACCACUAUUAUACUGACCCCGCUGUGCAAUGGUUCGCGCGCUCGUGUCGUAUAUGUUUCGCGCGCCAGUUAUUGUUUGUACAGCGCGCUGCACCGGGUCGGUAGCGGGCGUGUGUGUGAGUAAAAAUAAAUUAAUAACAAAUAAUAUAAUAUAUGAUAAUAUGUAACAAAACCCAUCUCCAUCGGUGUGCAUUUGAAUAAACAGUACAACGCGCUUGCGUACUCACUUACAGACGUCGAAGUCAACGCGCGUUAAACACAGUAGGUACUUAUCGUAACGGUGGUUUGACGUGUACAUCAUAAUAAUAUUAUAACAUCAUAAAACGGCCAAAAUUGUUAUUAUAUUAUUAAAAUAAUUACCUCGCGAUUGAAUAAUAUCAUGCUGGUACCCGGUGAAUUCACAACGUCUACCCGCGGGUCACCGACUCCGUCUCCGCUGUAGUCGUUCGAAUGAUGAUGACCCCGGACACCGACCACGCAUUUCAGCUGUUUGCCGACGUCUCGGACUCAACGAAACGAUGACCGCGACCAGAUACUUUACCGUGGACUCGGUGGUCCAACAGGUACAGCCGGUAGCCUCCACCGCAACCACCGCAACCUCCACAACGACUGCAAACUCCACCACCGUGAUUCCGAGCCUCGAACGAAAUGGUAUCGUGCAGGUCGUGGCUGGUUAUAACCGUGAUCGUGAUCAAACCGCUACCACGGCCGAAUCCUCGUCACUUCCGAAACCCACCGCAGACCAUCGACCGCCGUCCGUUCAUCACCUUCCUGUGUUGACAUCGACGACGACAACGACGGCUGCGAUGAUAACAGCGAAUUCUCCGUCCGGUGACGUUCAACAACAACUGUUAAAUCGGAAACGAUAUUCGGUCACCGACCUAAUGGACAAACUACUGGAAGACAUAUACAGAGUGGGUGGUGGUGGCAGCGUAGCCUCUGAAUCUUCGACAGACCAUAUGAAUUGGAGCGACAGCGGCGGUAGAAUAACGAUUUCCUCGAACAACGGAUGGUCCAAAAGACUGACAAGAAAAAGCGUAGAAGAGCUAUCUACAACGGUUGACUUGCUCAGAGACCAGUUGAAUGUGUGCUGCGAAACGCUAGUUAAGGCACUGAAGAGGAGAGACAUUUUGAUAGCUCGCCGGGACGCUAAGUGCAACAUGAUCACAGCCCUAUUACAUGCGUACUCCAUGAAACGAAACCGUCCGGUGUUUGAACCGUCAUCGCCGUCAUCUCGUCCGGGCGACAGCAAAUCGAGACGAACGAAAUAUUCCUUAUCAAAACACAUUUGGAAGACGGGCGAUGUGAUGAAUGGUUUGCUCAACACGUUGAAGAAUAUUGCCAGUCUCAGUGAAGACACCAAAAUGAGAUUCAACAUGAAACCUGGGCCCGGUGAUAGCGACUUUGAACAGUGGCAGAGCGCUAUGAAAAUGGUUGCGAGGCUUCCAGACGGCGUUCCGCAUGAAUUCCGAAACACGUUAUGGUUGACCCUGGCGGAAAAAUACUUGUCGUCCAGGAACGUAGAGUGGCCGAAGGUGGAACGGUUUUGUUUCAACGACACGACCAACCCAGAUGACGAAGAAUUAGGUGUACAGAUCGUGAAGGACUUGCACCGGACUGGUUGUAGUCUAUUCUGUGGUUCAUCCGGACUAGAAAACCAAGCGCUACUGAAACGAGUGCUCUUGGGGUUCGCUCGAUGGAACAAGGCAGUAGGUUACUGUCAGGGGUUCAACAUGUUGGCGGCUCUCAUACUGCAAGUGAUGGAAAAAAAUGAAUCCGACGCCCUAAAGGUAAUGAUAUACUUGAUCGAAGGCGUACUUCCCGAAGGUUACUUUGCCAACAAUCUAAGGGGACUGUCCGUGGAUAUGGCUGUAUUUAGAGACUUGCUGAGAGUCAGACUGCAAAAUCUAUCGAGACAUUUAGACCGAUUACAGACUGAAUCAAAAGACUCCGGAACCAGUUAUGAACCACCCCUGACGAACGUAUUCACAAUGCAGUGGUUUCUCACACUGUUUUGCAAUUGUCUUCCUCAGCGUACGGUGCUUCGAGUCUGGGAUUUAAUAUUCCUUGAAGGAAGCACAGUGCUUUUGAAAACCGCCCUAGCUAUCUGGGAUGCUUUGUCCGAUCGGAUAAUGACGGUGACAAGUGCAGACGAAUUUUAUAGUAUUAUGGCUGUCCUCACCAGAGAAAUGCUUGAGUUCGGUUUAAUGGACGCCAACAAUUUAAUCAACACAAUUAGUACAAUGAACGAAUUAGUCGAAGUCAAAGAACUCCGAGAAAGAUAUAUGUACAAUAUAAAUCCAUGGGUCAGUCACGUUGCGAAACGAGGACUGCGAUUGUUUUACACCGAGUCUGACAUCGAGGAGACAGAUAGCGAUGAAGACCUCGAUGGUAAAUCGUCGACUGCGAAAAACGACAGAAAGGACGACUUCAAAAUAAAACACAACAAAUCCAGUAGAAGCAAUAGGCAGCCGACUCCUAGUUUAGAAUCCGAAAGAGAAAAAGUGGCGUUAGACAUAUCGUCAUUAAAAAAACAAUACAGCAAACUCAAAGAAAGGCAGAAACAGGUCCAAGUCAUUUUAACAGCUGCAUGCAAUGGACAAAACUUUAUAGGGACCUCCAACUCUUCGGCGAUGAAUCAUUUGCUGUUCGGUAAAACGGCUCUGAGAUGCACAUCGAUCGGACCCAUACCUGGAUCUAUACCAUUAAAAUAUAUACAAGAUGUCAAAAAACCGGAACCCAAAACAGAACCACAUGUCCUAGAGAAACGAACCGUAUCGUCGUCGUCAUCUUCGUCAACGUCCACCGAACUCUGCGACGAUCCUGCGUCCGAUUGCUGUAGCGAAAGGUCGGUCGAUGACGAUGUAUGCAACGAAGAAGGAGAUGGAAAUGCUAAACUGGUCGUUGACGUUGUGGUAGAAUGUCGUACACCUGAUGUCAAAACUAGUGACGAUGAUAUCAGUGAUGUGAGUCUAGCUGAAAUGUUGAGAGCCAAUUCGGAAGUAUUAAAACGGAUGUGCAGAGGGAAAGCGGCAAUAGAAGAUCCAGAAUCAGACUUAGAAGAACGAUUACCAGACUUGAUAAACAACAUCGGUAUGCUUGGUGAAUCUUUAACCACCUUUGAAACUUCGACCGAAAACGAAUCUAUAACUGCUGUCGAUAGUUCUACCGAUGAAUUCCGAGAUUUGCUAACGGACGAACCACAAUCUGCAACUGAAACUUCCAUCAACGAUGAUUCUCUACACGUUUUUAUGGACGAGUCAUUGUCUUCCACCGAAAAGGUUGAUCGAAUAAUUCCACCACAGCAACCAAAAGAAAGCCAAAAUAACUUUGAAGAUUCCACUACGGCGGAACCGAAACCAUUUGCUCCGUUCCCUUCAAAAGUCAGGCAGCCCAAACGGCUCGGCAUCGAAUUGGGUCUAUACUCGGACGGCUCGAAUUAAUUUCUUCCUUUUUUCUAUGAUUUAUUAUAGAAUUUUUAAUAUAAAAAACAACAAUCAUUAUUAAGUAUUUUUUUAUAUGAAAUAAUUGUUUUUUUAAUAAUAUUUUAAAUAUUACUAUUAUUUAUUAUUAUCAUCACCUCUUUCGAGUAGAUCGCAUUAUUUUUGUAAGUGGCGAUUGAUGAUCGAUCUUUUUGAAAACGUCUUUGGACAUUUUACCACACAUGUGAUAUUUUGUAAAAAAAAAAACCAAAUGCGAAUGUUGCUUUUCGUAUGUAUAUUGUAUUAUAUAUAUAUACUUAAUACUUAUAUAUAUAAUACAGUUAAUCAUAAGAAUAUCAAUAUAUAUUUGAACAGAUGAGUAUUAGUAUGACGUAUUAUAAUAGGUAUACUAUAAUUUAAUUAACUUUAAAAUAUGUCGCCAAUUGCAGUCAUCCUUGACACUUUCCAGUGAUUGGACUUCAUUAUUUUUGUGUUCUGAAGUAUUUUUAUUAUAAACCUAUAAUAUUAUUAUAUAUUAUACAUAUUAUACGAAUAUUCAAGUUAUA